AUGCYGGUGCCUGUGGACAGKUUGGAGCUGGAGGAGAGCGGCAAGAGUGGGAGCAAGAAGCUGGAUGCCAUGACCCUCAUUAAGGAAGACAUGUCCAUCUUUGGCCACUGCCCGGCCCACGACGACUUUUACCUCGUGGUCUGCAACCACUGCAGCCAAGUGGUGAAGCCUCAAGCCUUCCAGAAACACUGCGAGCGGCGCCACGGCCCCCUGAGCAAGCUGCCCGCGCGGGCCGGCCCCCCGAGCCCAGCCGCGGCGGGGGGCCCGGCCCCCCGGCACCCGCUCAGCUUCGCCCCUUCCCUCCGCAGCCUCUUCGUGCCCGUGGUGAACCUGGAGAAGAUUCCCAGCCUUCCCAAGGCGGACGGGCACGGUGUCAAAGUGCCCCCCAAAGCGUCGCCUGCGCCGCCAUCCUGCAGCUCCAGAGAGCUUUCCCCAGGGAAACCCUCCUCAUCCUCCUUGUCCUCCUCCGCGGCUGCCCUCGGCCCCAAAGAGCCGGCGGCGGCGGUGCCGCCGGAGAGGGAGCCGGGCGCCCCCGAGCCGCCCGCCAAGUGCCACAAGAAGCUGGCGCGUGACCUCAGCUGCACGGGGGCCUCGCCGCCCGCGGCGGCCGCCUGCAGCCAGCCCGAGGGCCCCGGCGGCGGCAGCCAGGCCAUCACGUCGCCCUUGCCGGCCAACGUCCCGUCGCCCUCCUUCAGCAAGCUGCCCGCCGGCAAGGCCAGCGCGGCGGCCAAGGCCAAGGAGGCGGCGGAGGCCGCGGCCGGCCGCAAGCAGAAGCAGCCGCCGGGCGCCGGCCCGCCCUGCAAACGGACCUGCCCGGCGGCCUCGGCCAGGGGUCAAGGCGCCGGCUGCCGGGGCUCCCCCCCGCCCGGCAAGACAAAACUCUCGCCAGGAAGCCCCUCCUCGUCGUCCUGCUCAUCGUCCUCGUCAUCCUCAUCAUCAUCAUCCUCCUGCUCGUCAUCCUCCUCCUCCUCGUCCUCCUCGUCGCUGUCCUCGCCCUCCUGCUGCCUCAACGGGUCGGUGUCCCCGGGCUCCCGGGUGAAACGGGCCGGCCCGCUGGACUGCAGAGCCGCUGGGCAUCCCGCUCCUCCUCCUCCGGCGCCGACGAAGGCCUCGCAGCCAGCCUCGCCGCUCCACGGCCCCGGGGCGCUGGCGGUGACCUGCGUGGCGGCCACCGAGGCCAAGAGGCGCAAGAACGCGGCCACCUACUGCCGGCCGGGCAAGGGCCGGGCGCCCCCGGUGCCCCCGGCGCCCCCGGCGCCCGCCCCCUCGGGGUGCUCCGUGCGCAGGAAGAAGCCGGGGGGCCCCCCGGCCUUCGAGGAGAAGCGCAGCGCACUGAAGUCCAAAGCCCAUUAA